ACGAGGAAUGGAAAGCUUCCAGCGCCUCUCCACCACCAACACCGACACCGACUCUCUCCUCUCUGUGUAUCCGACAAGCGCUGCCUCCACCGCCGCAGCCGCAAGAGCGACGACGCGCUGUGUGGACCGAAGCUGCUAGUCUCCCCUAACCCGCCUUUCCUUCGCUGCAUAACACGCUCCUCCAUAACCAUCAGUAUCCGAGUGUUAUGAUCAUAUCAGGAGAUAUUGGGGGGAUUUCGGGACGAAAAGACUCUUUACUGGACCUCUAAACAUCCACCGUGCCCUGUCUCCGUCUGCGCUCGUCCCCGGCGCUGCUUUUUACGCAGCGAAGGCGUCGCUGAUUUGCCCGCAAAAGGGAGAAACUCAACAGUUGUUGCUGCUUAUUGUUUGCAUGUCGACGUGCACAUUACUACCAUGUGGAGGCUACUGCAAUCGUGUUGUUGCUGCUGGUGGAUUUUCUCUCUCAUUUUGCCUGCCUUCGUGCUCCUCUGGGCCGAGUGUCAUCCUGCGCUGACAGGAAGCCAAGCCGAGUCCCAAGCUCCUCUCCAAGGCCUUCGCAAAGCUGCGGCCAGCGGGACACGACUCCGGAGAGCCGUCACCGAGGAGACCUACUGGGCCUACUCAGGUAUAUAUGGGCCAGAUGAGGGAUGGUCAUCAGCCUACCCAGAAUGCAGAGAGAGAAACCAGUCACCAAUCAACAUUGUUGAUCCGGACACCAAAGUAUCAACAGAGUAUCAGGAGCUGACACUGGAGGGCUUUGAUAGUGAAUCCUCUAAUAAGACAUCUAUGAAGAACACUGGCAAAACAGUGGCCAUUAUUUUAAAGGACGAUUACUUUGUUCGGGGAGCAGGCCUACCAGGGAGGUUUAAAGCAGAAAAAGUGGAGUUUCAUUGGGGUCCUAGCAACGGAUCUGAAGGCUCUGAACACAGUAUCAAUGGCCAUCGUUACCCUGUGGAGAUGCAGAUCUACAUGUACAACUCAGACGACUUUGACAGCCUCGGCGCAGCUCUGAGGGAGCAGAGGAUCAUCGCAGCCAUGGCCGUGUUUUUCCAGGUGGGAGGAAAGGACAAUCCUGCUGUUGACCCCAUAAUCCAUGGUCUGAAAGGUGUGGUCCAUCAUGAAAAAGAAACUGUCCUGGAGCCGUUCGUGCUGAAGGACCUGCUGCCGCCCGCCCUGGGAAGUUACUAUCGCUACACUGGCUCUCUGACCACUCCGCCCUGCAGUAAGGUGGUCGAGUGGAUCAUCUUCAGCAGACCUAUCUAUGUCUCCUACAAACAGCUGGAAGCUUUCUACUCAAUCUUUACCACAGAGCAACAGGACCAUGUUAAAUCAGUGGAGUAUCUGCGCAGCAACUUUAGGCCCAUCCAGAGAUUGGACAACCGCCACAUCUUCAAGUCAGCAGUCAAAGACGCCUGGCUGCCUGACCUGACUGACAGCAGCAGCAGCAGCGGGCCGUAUGGCACGGAGGCUUCCAAAGUAUGCAGCAGCGCUCCCAUCAACAUGAAGGUGCAGCAUGUGAACGUCAGUGCUCUGGUGGUGCGCUGGGCUCGUCCGGAAGUCACCUACCACCCGCCCAUCCUCCACUUCCUGGUGUCCUACAGCUGGACGACCCACGAUGACAGCUACGAGGAGACGCACCUCACCGACGCUAAACACAAGCUGGAGGCCGUCAUUUAUCCCGUCUCCCCUGAUGUGCUGUACCUGUUUCGAGUCCAGGCCAUCUGCAUGAAUGACAUGCGCAGUGACUUCAGCCAGAGCAUGCUCUUCAGAGCAAACACCACCAGGAUCUUUGAAGGGACGAGGAUCGUGAAAACUGGAAUGUUUAUUUCUCAGCCGACGGUGUCGCCAGCUUCCUCAGCCGACAUGGCUCCCAUCUCCUCCGGCUCCUCCACUUGGACCUCCUCAGGCAUCCCCUUCUCCUUUGUCUCCAUGGCGACAGGAAUCGGCCCGUCCUCCAGCGGUAGUCAGGCAACUGUAGCAUCCGUGGUGACCAGUACUUUACUGGCCGGCCUGGGCUUCAGCGGUGGAGUUAUCUCCUCUUUCCCCAGCUCUGUUUGGCCGAGCAGAGCACCAACACAUAACCCCACCACCGCAAGCCACACCACUGAACCCACAAAGCCCGCCAAAGAGGCCACCGCUUCUGCCUCUGCUGUCACGACGGCCACAGCCAAAGAUAACAGUGAAGCUGGGGGUGAGGACGGAGAGAACAGCAAGGGUCAAGGAGAGGACGGAGAGAGGGAAGGAGAGGAUAAGGAUGAAGAGGAGGAGGAAGAGGAGAAAGACAAGAAGAAGGAGAGGAAGGGAUCAGGAGAAGUGAGCGAGGGAGGGAGGAAGGACGACAGCACAGCGGUGAAUGAGCCGCCCAGCGAGAAACCGGACGGCACUGCAAAGGAGAAAGAACCAGAUCCAAUUAACAUGCCACCUGAUGGAGCAAACCACCUGGAGGUGUAUACCCACAAUCCACUCGACCCUAACUCCUCUACCAACACAGAGGCAGCCAUUGAUGUGGCAGAAUUCACUGCUAAGGACCGAGCAGUGACACGCAGACCAAGCUCAGGAAGGGACAAGAAGCAUUGGCCUUUCUCUAUCCACACUGACCGCCCAGGUGCUGAGACCAACCUGACCCACCAGGCAAACCCCGGGUCUGGGGCGGGGCUGGGCCAUGUGGAGUGGCUGGUACCCUUGGUGGUGGUUUCAGCUCUGACAUUCCUCUGCCUCAGUCUCCUGCUGGCUGUGCUCGUGUACUGGAGGCGCUGUUUCCAGACAGCCCGCUUCUAUGUUGAAGACAGCGAUUCACCCAGGGUGGUACCCAAUGAGACGACCCCUGCCAUCCCCAUUCCAGAUGACAUGGAGGCCAUUCCAGUCAAGCAGUUCAUAAAACACAUCUCUGAACUCUACUCAAAUAACCAACAUGGAUUCUCAGAAGAUUUUGAGGAGGUUCAACGAUGCACUGCCGAUAUGAAGAUCUCGUCAGAACAAUCCAACCACCCUGACAACAAGCACAAGAACAGAUAUAUCAACAUAGUAGCCUAUGACCACAGCAGGGUGAAGCUGAGCCCGCUGGCUGGGAAGGACUCCAAACACACAGACUACAUCAAUGCCAACUAUGUGGAUGGUUAUAAUAAGCCUAAAGCUUACAUCGCAGCCCAGGGACCUCUCAAGUCCACCUUCGAGGACUUUUGGCGGAUGGUGUGGGAGCAAAAUACCUGCGUCAUCGUCAUGAUCACUAACUUAGUGGAGAAAGGCCGAAGGAAAUGUGACCAGUACUGGCCAACAGAGAACAGUGAAGAAUAUGGCAACAUGGUAGUCACACUGAAAAGCACUAAAGUUCAUGCCUGCUACACUGUUCGCCGCUUCAUAUUGGGCAACACUAAAGUGAAAAAGGGUGGGAAGGGGAACCCUAAGACGCGGGCGCAGAGUGAACGGACGGUGCUUCAGUAUCAUUACACCCAGUGGCCCGACAUGGGUGUCCCCGAGUACACCCUGCCCGUCCUCACAUUUGUCCGCAGGUCCUCAGCCGCCCAGAUGCUUGACAUGGGGCCUAUGCUUGUCCACUGCAGUGCUGGAGUGGGUCGGACGGGGACGUACAUCGUCGUAGACAGCAUGCUGCAGCAGAUCAAAGACAAGAGCACAGUUAAUGUACUCGGCUUCCUCAAACACAUACGCACACAGCGCAACUACCUAGUCCAGACUGAGGAGCAGUACAUCUUCAUCCACGAGGCCUUGCAGGAAGCCAUGUUGGGGAAGGAGACGGAAGUGGCAGCCAGCCAGCUUCACAGCUACUUCCACAGCAUCACGACACCAGGACGCAGCAGCCGGACACAUCUGGAGAAACAGUUCAAGUUGGUAACGCAGUGUAAUGCCAGAUUCACAGAAUGCUUCAACGCUCGGAAGGAGUGCAACAAAGAGAAGAAUCGGAAUUCCUCUGUGGUGCCAUCGGAGCGGGCGAGGGUCGGCCUGGCACCUUUACCCGGCAUCAAAGGCACCGAUUACAUUAACGCCUCUUACAUUAUGGGUUACUACCGGAGUAAUGAGUUCAUCAUUACCCAGCAUCCUCUGCCCCACACCACAAAAGACUUCUGGAGAAUGAUCUGGGACCACAAUGCACAAAUUAUUGCUAUGCUGCCUGCCAACCAUGGACUGGCAGAGGAUGAGUUUGUGUACUGGCCCAGUCGGGAGGAGGCCAUGAACUGUGAGGCGUUCACUGUCACACUCAUCAGUAAAGAUCGACUCUGUCUGUCCAACGAGGAGCAGAUCAACAUCCACGAUUUCAUCCUAGAAGCAACACAGGAUGACUAUGUUUUAGAGGUUCGUCACUUUCAGUGCCCAAAGUGGCCGAAGCCCGACGCACCCAUCAGCAGUACCUUUGAGCUCAUCAACGUCAUCAAAGAGGAGGCAUCCACCCGCGAUGGACCAACCAUCAUCCACGAUGAGUUGGGAGCAUCUUCAGCCGGCAUGCUGUGUGCCCUCACCACACUGUCUCAGCAGCUGGAGAGCGAGGGGGCCGCCGAUGUCUACCAAGUGGCCAAGAUGAUCAACCUCAUGAGGCCAGGAGUCUUCACAGACAUUGAGCAGUACCAGUACCUAUACAAAGCUCUGCUCAGCCUCGACAGCACCAAGGAGAACGGAUCGCGUAUUCUGACCAGGGACAUUAAUGGAACCCUGGCGUCCCUGUCCGACCAGUCUGACCAGGCCGAGAGCAUGGAGUCACUGGUCUGAGGCCCUUCAGUGGCCUGGAGCUCAGCUGGGGGCGUCUGCUGGGUCUCUGAGCCCACAAUGGAGGAACUUAACUUUGUAAAACGUCAAGGAACUAUUGUGAACAAGACUUCUUGAGGCCUUUCUGCCAGACUCUUGGUUAAAAUGAAUAACCUGAUUACUUUUUUACACUGAUAAAAAGUUUUUGAUAUUUAUUUUUUUCGCCAUUUUAUGUCUUAAUGUUCUCCUACUGAAAGGUUUGCACCUGCGUUUUUGAGUUUCACGACAGCGUCGGUAGGCAACAGGAAACACUUUUCUGUCUUUUCUUGUUUGCACUAUAUAAUGUCAGUGUUACUGCCUAUACUAAAGCUGACUCACUUGGCUUUUCUCCACUCGAGAUCGGAUUUAUUCUUUACAUUCCAUGGCUUUGGCCCUUAUUAAAUCAACUGCUUCUGUGAAGGACAUUGUUCUGCCUGCCACCUAUCAGUUGAUUUAAGACAGUGGACGGAGGAAGGCACAGACUCUCCGCCUCAGUAACACAAUGCUGUUCCACUUCAGCUCAGCGUGACCUCCUCCGCCCUGCUCAUCCAUAGUACUCAUAUUGCCUCUCAUUUAUCACAAGACCCGAGAUCUUGGAACCUAAUACCACAGACAAGUCGCGCUUGAUUUUUAAGAGUAGUUUAAUCUUCACGGUUUCUUUUCUUUUCUUGUCACUCUCCCUCUUAUUAGCGAGUCACACCCAUGUUAGAAUACCUAAGGUGGUUUAAUAACUGCUACUGUGAAAUUUUAUUAUUAUUUCUUUGUAUUAUUCAUAAUAUGUUUUUUAAUAUAUGGAAAUACUGUAUGUAUACAUAUAUAAAUAUAUCCUUAUCAUAAUAACUUUGUGAGUUUUUGCCUCCCGCCUCAGGCCGGUUGAUUUCCACCACGUCCGAUAGUUUACCGCUCCAGUGCUCACAGCUGAUUCACAGCCAUCUGGAAGCAGACCCCCUUGGUCUACUACGUCCACUAUUUGUAUGCUGCUAUGUCAUCUGAACUCAAAUACACACACACACACACACAUGAUUGUACAUUUGGAACAUUUGAUCAACUGCAACAGAUGAUGCAACGAUAUGACAUUGCCCAUCACGUUUUCAUUUUAUUUAUUUAUUUUUCAGAAAUUCAUUCUGACAGACGAGCACGGAUUAAGAACGGCGAGGCCUGUAUGUGCAGCCGUCAGUUACUGACAUGCUGCGUCCGUCAUUUACAGGGUUGAAUCAGUUUGAUCUGCAGGGGAACAGCAGACUCACAAACAAGCUCUAUGCAACAAGCUGGUUAGGUUUUAGAAAUCUGAAACAGGGUUUAAAAAGGUUUUGGGUUCUCAGUGUUAGUCGAGUCUCACCACGGUGGGUUUAGAUUUGUUUUAUUGUUUUAAUCUUUUCAUUUUAUUUGCGCUUAUGUUCUGUAGACAAAAUAACUAAAUAACCCUCUUCUUCUGCUUCAAAGGUGCUUAUAACAUGAUAGUGUGCAUCUUUGAUAAUUGCAUGUGGUGUAAAAAUGGAGAAUAAGACGAGAAAUAUUUUCCCAAUAGAAUCCCUUAAUUCACAAAGUGGAAGCCAAAAGCCAGUGCUUUGAAUACCACAACUGUAUUUGUGAUUUAGUUUCUGAUGAAUCACAACAAGCUGCUACAUUUAUUAGAGUUGGUUAUGAAGAGCUGGAGUUUGUUAAGAAACAUGCUUUUUGAUUCCACUUCUCUAAUCCUGACUUGUUUCACAUUUUGAACUUCUCAUCUUCCAUCAACACUGUACCAACUUCCAUGUAAAGUGUUUACAAAAUGGCUGAUGAAAAUGAAUGCUCAGGUGUGGCUCAAUUUCACAAAAGACGGUAGUGAUUCAGUAAUAUAUGUCUGACAUGACAAAUUACAAAUUAAUUCCUGUAGCAUGCAUAAUGUUCCUAGUCAUUGUCAUCAUUUUUAUUUUUAUUACAUUUUAUUUAUUUAUUUUAUUUAAUAGAGAGAUAUUAUAUUAUACUAUAUUAAUUAUCAUAAUUCCAACACAGAGCAUGCAACAUUUAUGCUGCACAGAGAGUUUAUAGCGAACUAUGGCAACUAAUGCUAUUGUGUCUCAACAAGUAAAAGUGGAAAACAAUAAAUAUUCAAACAUUUUGUGCAUUGCACGAAUAUUUAAAUGUGUCUUUAUGUUAAUGAAAAAUAGCUACACCAUGUCUCAUCAUUCAUAUUUCAUUAUUGUAAAUGGCAUCUAAAAUGAUAUGACUAUUUUUAAACUGAGGAUUAAUACACAUUGAGAUAUAUCAGGCUUCAGAAACACAGACCUUAGUGCCAUCAAUUCAUAGCUGAAUUUGGUCUUUUCUUUGGAUAUGUUGACAAUUAAACAUUUAUAGAUUAUUGACAGCCUUAUCACUACUCAUUGACCAUGUGGCCUGACAAACUGUUGCUCUUCUUAUUAAACCAGCCAUGAACACACAGAAACGUAAGCUUGAGUUGUCCUAACGUGCACACGUGUGUAUCACCAGUUUCUACACAAAAGCAUCCACAAUGUCAUUAAAACCCAGGGCUUUUGAUUUAACUGCCGUAGUACACAGACCACAAACUGGAAAUCUUUAACAUUUUGUUUCCACUAUGUAUUAUUAAAGUUAUGGAGAAAACAGAACAGUUGAUGGUUCAGAUCCGUGCUCUCUGACAGAGGCGUGAUCACCCGUUCCAACCUCCCAAGGCCUUGUAUACAUAGUUUCCGUUGCUCACUCCCUUUUCUCCAAAAGAUGUAUUUUUUAGUGGUUUUGUGGCAUACAAGCAAAGAGAAGAGUCUGUUUGCUUCCUGCUCCAGUAACCCCUUACAUGCACACAUACACACAUAUUUACACACAUUUACACAUUUCUUUGACAUGAGGAUGUUCUAAUUUAGCCGCUGAUUUUGAUGAUAUUCUGUACCGUUGAUGGCGUGAAAUAAACCCUUGUGGCUUUGCAUUUUGAAUGAAAAUGUUAAAGCUAUUUUCACACAGCACAAAACAGAUGUGUCGAAUGCGAGGGGGGAAAUGUAUUUUGAUUUUUGAAAAAACCUUUACCAAAGACUUAAAUCUUUCCCAUGCAGUAAAAGAUGUUGGGCAAGCUUUUCUCUCUCUUAUGCCGAUUUCUCUCUCCUGACUGGAUGCUCAACCCCCCCUUUCUCCACCUCACACUAUAUCUGUAUUUCUAUCAGUGUCCUUAUGAAAUCUUUCUUCAAAGUCUCACUUUAAUAUCUGUUUGCUUUAACUUCAUCAUCAAAGUCAUGCAGUUAUUGUUAUGCACCAUCAUAAGGUAUAACGACAUGCAUCAAAAGAUAAACUGAGCAGACAGGAGCAUUGUAGAUGCGAGACGUUUCUAUUUCUGCUUCUUUUGCAGUGUUAUCUCCUUUUGAAAUGGGGAUAAUAUGAGCUCAAGGAGAAAUCUACAAAGCUUUUUCUGUAUCUGGAGCUUUUCUUAAAACAUUUUGGGAAAUACACACUUUGCCUAAGUGCUCGGUCAUACCAGAAAGUGGCACAGCAAAAUGUAUUUGAGUACUGUGACCUCCUGUCACUGCUGAGCUAACUUUUUACAUGCUAGCUAGCCGAUAACGUGCUACUGUUGCUCAGUAAAAGUAGCUAGCUAUAGUUGACUGGCUACCAGUCCCGAACAGGACAAUGAUAUAAGUGGUAAGUCACGCAAAUACUAUCCACGACUGACUGCAAACCAUACAGCAGCUCUUUUGUGGAACACUGGUGUGUAACAGCUAAUAUGAUAGCUGCCUCCAUUUUUGAUUCUCUUGGUCUCCAAUCCCUGAAAGUUUAGGACUGUCAAGACAUUAUGUCGUUGCUUAAUGUCUCUGAUUUGCAUGUCAAUGUAUUGAUUAAAUCAAAUGAACUGAUUUCUGAAAUGUUGCUGUUCUAAAUGAUGGUGUGACCGGGCCCUUAAGAAGGUUAUUCUAUUGUUUCCCCUGUCCCCAUAUUCAAGCCAUUGUGAUCAUUGUGAUCAUUCCGAAUGAAACCAGUUGUGUGUUGCCACGAGCGCACAAGCAGCUGUACUGUCAAUUAUAAAUGUACAUAUCUUUUGUUGCCUCUAUAACUCAGCCCUUCUCUGGAAACUGUGUAUGUAUUGACUGUGUCAGAGGAAAUGUUUCAUCACAAUUUGAAAUUAUGUCAUUCAAAUAGUCUGUAUUUCUUUUUUGUCAAUGAUUUUGUUACCCAAACUUUAUGCUUUUUACCAUUUAUUGACGUAACAUGUUCCACAAAGCACUCACAGGUUUUUCAUUCUGGCAUACGUCUGGUCUAGAGUCACAAACAUUUUCAAUCUGUUUGCUGUUUGUGGUGGAUCGUGUGGAAGCCAGCUGUCUGUGUGUUCAGCUUGUGGUCAUUAUCACAUUCCAGUUUCCAUCGUCACGCCCUUCAUUAAUGUUCAGGCAGUGAUUGUGAUAUUACGAUGUUAUCCCCUCCCCGUUAGUUUUUAUUUUAUUUUGGUUUUCGUCCCCUGGAGGCUAUGGUUCUGUUACCAGGCGUGAACAACAGAAUAUAUCUCUUUCUGUAAGUCACUAGAUAAUUUCCUCACCGUUGGCCCGUUUGGAAAGGUGGCUGUUCUCUUUUGUAACAAGAAAUAAGACAAAAAGAUGGAUUUGUUUUUGUUUUGUUGAAAGCUAUAUCAAAGCAUUCUAUUAUAGUGUUAUUUAAUAUGUAAAUUGUAUUGCUAUACUUAAAAUAAAAUAUGGGUUUUGAUGUAA